AUGCCUCGUCAGCACGAUCGGCACAUCAUCGCCCAGCUUUCUCCCGUCUUCCAUCUUCUUUGGGCCUUCGGAGCGCCCCCUCAUCUCGUACCUUGUGUUAUUCCCGUCAUGGCCUCCAGUCAACGAGGGCGCCGGCUGCUCAAGACCAUAAUGAAGUCAUACCGUUUGCGACUGCCGCGCUUUGAUAAUCUACGCCUGCGACCGUGGUUCCUACUAGCGACUGUCCUCAUAAUGCUUUUACUGGCUUUCCUGGGGUUCACGAACUUCUCCCACUCGCUUCCCUUGAAUGACAAGGCACUGCAUUUCUUAUGUUUUGGUAUUGCAACCGGGGUUUUCUAUUUCAUCUUUGACGUUGAAGAGGAGAGCCGCCGACAUUGGUUCUGGAGGAAUGUCGCGUUAAUCGUCACCGUCUUCGUCUGCUUUAUCUGUGGGGGCAUCUUCAGCGAAGUGGUGCAAUCCAUGCUGCCAUAUAAACAGUUCCAGUUUGGAGACAUUGCGGCCAACCUAUUAGGCUCAUCUAUCGGGCUCCUCGUGUCGUACUACCUGGAACGGUACUACCGCACACGACGAGAGAUCGCUCGGCUGUACCAACCACUUGACGGAGGUUCGCUAUCCGACUUUGAAGAUGAUGAGGAAGAAGGCCUACAACUGCUGCCCACACAUCGGACAACUCAGAGUUCAGCGAAAGGACCACAGAAAUCUGCGCGGCUGGAAAAUGUGUGGGACGAGCGCGAAGAGUUGUUUGGAGUGGGUGGUGACAGCGACGAUGAAGACGUGACACCCACUGCUGCCCCAAUGCCGUCUAAACCAACUCAUCACAGUGGACCACCCGUUCCAAAAGUCUACGUGACCCCCGCUUGA